AAAAAAAAGCCUUUUAAAAAUCUGAGAGCAGUUGCAGCCUCACAGCAACAAAACCCCAAACCCUUUGCUUCUUCACCUUCACCUUCACCUUCACUUUCACCAUUCAUAUGGUCUAUCAAAUGACAGGUUCCAAAGGUAAAACCCUUUCAUCUCUCUUUAAAACCGCCGUUAAAAAAGCUACUAAAAGGUCUUCCUUGACCGCCGGUGACAAAGCUCUAAUACAGUUUGUUUCCUCGCUUGACACCUCAUCACCAUCACCAUCAUUCACUUCUUUGACAAAAAUUGCACCUGAACCCACCAAGAAACCAGCCCCUGAUGGUAGCCUCAGCAGCCAGUUGCUUGAACCUGCUUCAACUUCUGAGAAUUCAAUGGAGAAAUGGACAGAGGAGAUAUCUACUAUAUUAUGUGUUGGUGCUUUAGACAGUUCACAGGACUCAGAAGAAAUGACCAAUGAUAGGAGUUCUUUAGGAGGAGUAUUAGACUUGCCAUGGCUUUCAAACUUGUCUAACAAUAACAUAUCAGUUGGGCAGAAAGAAGUUUCACAUGAAAGGAAACAGAAAUGGGCUUUCAAGAAAUCCCAGGCUAAUUAUUUUAACAAGUUAAUAAAGACAUGUGGAGAUAAACUGGGCACAAAAGCUACUAUGGAGGUAUUUGAUAAACUGGGAAGAGAAACUGGUGUGACAGAGUACAAUGCUUUAAUAGCAGUUUGCUUGGAGAAGGCCAGGACCAGCGAUGAUGAAAAGGUUGCUUUCGAACAUAUUUCUGAGGCUUUUAGAACUUUUAAAAAAAUGAGGGAACAGGGAUUUCAGUUAGAAGAGGGAACUUAUGGUCCAUUACUUAUGUAUUUUAUUGACAUGGGUAUGGUAGAAGAGUUCUUUUGUUUCUGUGAACCUAUCAAAGAUGGGAAUCUGAGUUCGCAUUCAAGAUUAGGUUACUAUGAGAUGCUAUUGUGGGUAGGAGUCAAUAAUGAAGAAAAGAUUCAAGAACUUUGCAACUAUAUUGUCUCUGGUGAUUGGGAAGAUGAUUUUAAAUUAAAAGAAAAUUAUUUGUUGGCACUUUGUGAAAGUGGCAGGAAGGAGGACCUAAUGCAACUGUUAGAGAUUAUUGAUUUAACAAGAAUUUCAUCUGUGGACCAAGUUGCAAAUGUAUUCCAAUCAUUGGGGAAGCUUUCAUUAGAGUCAUUCGCUGAGAAGUUCCUUUUGGCGUUCAAAAACUCUGAUUGCAAGAUGGAUGAUAUCUCGAGGCUCGUCUUUAGUUAUGCUAGCGGCAUUCCUAAUUUAGCGGUUGAGGAUUUGUUUCUGAAAUUCAAAAGCUUGCACAUGAAAUUCAAGAUAACACCUUCAUCUGCAUCAUAUGAGAAGCUCAUUACCCACUGCUGUGAUUUACACGAGGUGCAUUUGGCUCUUGACAUAGUCGAACAGAUGUGUGAGGCGGGUUUGAGCUUCAGUAUUGAGACACUACAUAGCAUUUUGCAUGCUAGUAAGGAGAGUUAUGAGUUUAAUUUGGUUUGGCGGAUUUAUUCUCUGAUUUGCCGCCAUAAUUUGAAGCCAAACAGUCAGACCUUCAGGAGUAUGAUAAGUUUGUGUGUGAAAAUGAAAGAUUUCGAAGGUGCAUAUGCAAUGCUCAAUGACUUGAAGAAAUUUAACAUGACACCAACAGCUAGUAUUUAUAAUACUAUAAUGGCAGGAUAUUUUCAAAAGAAAAAUGUCACUUGUGCAUUGAUGGUACUUGAGCAAAUGGAACGUGAUGAUGUAAAACCAGAUUCUCAGACUUUCAGAUAUCUAAUUGGCAACUGCGAUUGUGAAGAGGAUAUUACAAAGUACUGUGAAGAAAUGAAGCGUACCGGAAUUCAAGCCACAAAGCAUAUUUUUAUGGCACUUAUAAAUGCAUAUACAACUUGUGGGCAAUUUGAGAAGGCUAAACAGGUACUCUUAGACAAAGGGAUACCUGUUCAAAGCCUAAAUGAAAUCAAAAGUGAGCUUGUGUCAGCCCUUGCAACAAGUGGGCGAGUGCCUGAUGCAUUAAACAUUUACAAAGAAAUCAAGCAAAAUGGGGGUUCUCUGGAGCCUAAAGCUGUUGUAUAUCUCAUUGAGCAUUUUCCAUCUGAUGGAGAGUUGAGUGUAUUACUUCCACUACUGGAGGAGUUACAUGAUCCAGACUAUUGGGUUGAUGGCUGUUGCAAAAUGGUCUUGCAUUGUGUUAGAAAUCACCACUUAAGAGCUGCAGUUGAUUUACUCAAGCAGCUUAAGGAUAAGUUCCAGAAUGAUGAUUUGGCUUUGGAAGUUAUUUUGGAUGAGGUAUUCUCGUUGACCGCAGAGGUAGAACCUAAAGAUUUACAGAUUGGCCUGUCUUUGCUUCAAGCAAUAAAGGAUGAACUAGGCCUUACCCCUUCUCGAAAAUGUCUUGACUUUCUCCUUAAUGCUUGUGUAAACGCGAAAGAUUUGCAGAACUCUCUUUUAAUUUGGAACGAAUACCAGGCAGCUGGCUAUCCUUACAAUAUCUUAACAUUCUUGAGGAUGUAUCAAGGCCUUUUGGCUGCAGGAGAUCCCAAGUCUGCAAAGAGUAUGCUAACUAAAAUUCCAACAGAUGAUCCGCAUGUUCAAUAUGUCAUCGAUGCAUGUCGAACAGCUUUUCUUCAGUCUACCUCAAGUAAGAUAAAGAAGAGCAAGCAGAAGCAGCAGCAGAAGAAUGAAACUUGAAAUACAAUCUAACGCAAAAUAGAGUAGGAACUUUGAGCGAUGAAAUCAUUCCGAUGUUUUGGUCUGAGAGUAAUCUUCAUGAUUAACAUUUUGUGUGAACAAUGGCCUUGAUUACUGCCAUGGAUGUUCAUAUAGUUGUUAAGGUUUUACCAACAAAUUAAGCAAUGAAAUCCUUGCUGCUGAAACAUGAAAAAAAAGGGAAUCAAUGGUUCAAAUUUGUUUUCCUCUUUGUGCAAAAUCAAACAGGUGGAUUAAGGCUCGACAUAUUGUCAGACUCGAGUUCAGACUUGAAAAUUUGAAGCUUUAGAAACUUGAUUGGAAUUGGAUCCGUGUUUAUUUUUCAUGUUGGAGUUUCACUUAUAAUUUA